CGUUUUGUCAGAAAAUGUGUCGAAUAUUCAGCGAAACGAAUAGACGAAAUGCAACCGGGCACAUGGCAUCGAGACUUGAGCUAUCUCAAUAAAGGCAGAACUAAUUGGUGCAUCGUCAUUGCCACGGCUGAAUAAGCAGGCCAUCAGGGGAAGACAAAGAGGCUUUGAGGUCCAAAACCUCAGUGAGGAGUUCGCAUCAGGGACCUCCUCUUUCCUAAGCCUGUCCAUUGAAACAUCCCGUGAGUGCUACUAAGGUUGUUGGAGAGCUCAGACGGAAAGGUGAAUGGGCCAUGCACCUCCAGGCGAUGACCAUGUCAACCGUACUUAUCUAAAAAAAGAAAAACCCUUAAUAGAGUGAAUGAUUUUUACCACCUGUCAAUGCCAUUCAUUUUUGUAUCUGUACAUUGUUUUUUUUUAACUGCUAGCGGGGCAGGAGUUCGUUUUGUGUGUCCUACUCGCAUUACUUGUGGCGCGGCUCCGGUGAAACAGAGCAAUGCAAGGUUCUUACUCUCGGUGCGAUGCAUUAUUAACUCGUGCCAGGCGUCUGCGUGCCAAGCUAAGCAGCAACAGCGGCAGCGGCGGCAGCAGCAGCGGCCCCGCCUCCCCUUCAGAGGCAUGAAGGGGAACCUCGCUUACGAGGGGCCUCACUCCAACGUGGCUGGGGAGCGUUGACCUCGCGGAAAUGGCCCACCUGAUGAGCAGAUAACUUGGCUCCGAGGGCCCAAUCAUGCACAAGCUGUUUGCUCUGGUGCUGGGAAAGAGGGACCUCUCCCUGGCAGGUGACAUCUUCUCCCUGGACGAUGCCGAGAUCGAGGAUGGCCUCUCUGACGCUCUGGAGCAGAUCAAGGUCAUCGUCUCCUCACCGCUCUACCUGCGGAGCGACAACGACCAGGCGGUGGUGGAGAUCUGCGUCACGCGCGUCACGUCCGCCCUGCGCGAGACGCGCUCCGUGGAGCGGCACGCGCCGGCGCUCGCGUCACUGUGGGGCGCCUGCCUCGAGCGGGCGCUCGCGCACGAGCCCCGCGGGGACUCGCCACACGCCAAGGUGGCCGCGGACAUCACCAGCUGCGUACUGCAGAACUACGGGCGGGCGGCCAUGAUGCGCGUGGCCGUGCCGGUGGCGGUGAGGUUCCUGCGGAGGGGCGACGCGGAGGUGUCGAGGAGCAUGUCCAGCGUGAUCGCCCUGGCCGCCAUGGGGCAGGCCCCACUCCUCGGCCAGCACGUGGAGGCGGUGGCUGACAGCGUCAUCGCAGGCAACCUGGCGCUGCUGCGCGUGCUGCCCCAGGUGUACGAGGCGCGCCCCUCCCCUCUGGACGUGCGGAUCCCGGCGCUGCUGGCGCUGCUGGACCGCCUCAGCCCCUCGGACACGCAGCACCUGCACCGUCUGCUCUUGCUUGUCGUUCGACGGCGGCCGCAGGUGCUCUCGGAAUGCGUCCCUCAGCUGCUCCCUCUCGUGAGGAUGGCCGAGCACAGCGACAUCGCCUUCACUCUGCUGGGAGAGCUGGCCGAGAGGGGGCCCGCCCUGCUCGUCAGAUCACUCGCCAUCGCCGGGGCAGCUGCGUCGCCAGCAGCCUCCGCAGCAGCACCAGCGGAAGCAGCAGCAGCAGCAGCAGGAGCAGCAGCAGGAGCAGCAGCAGCAGCAGGAGGAGCAGCAGGAGCAGCAGCCGAGAGGGGACCGGCACUCCCGGAGAAUCCCUCGGCCGACCCGCCUCGAGGUGCUUCGGGGGACACCAGCAGGGCCGCCGGAGGCUCCGGAGGUGGCGAGGGAGCCGAGGGAGCGGACGUGGAGGGACGGGGCCUCGACAGGGCCCUGCGCGAGGUGCUGCAGGCAUCCGCGUGGUUUCCCGCGCGCACGGGGCAGGCGGCCAGGGUCCUUGGGGUCAUCGGGCGAACGCACCAGGACAGGGCGCGCCAGUGCCUGAACCACAUGGUGUCCCUGCUGUCCAGCACGGAGCACACGUCACACCACGCCCUCCUGCUGGAGAUCAAGAGCAUCACCGACAAGUUCGGCCUCCUGCGCAUCCACGGCCGCGAGGUCUACCGCAUGAGCAACGGCUACGCGGCCAUCGCCUCGUUGCUCGCCGGCCAACUCGAGAGGGCCGCCCUCGAGGCAGACAGGCCCUCCGUGUUCCCGGGCAGCGAGCGUCCGUUACGCGUCGGCCAGCCAUCCGCAGCUGGGGAGGGUUCGGCCCUGCCCAGGGAUCACGUCGAGGGGAACCCAUCGGCUCAGGAGAGGAGCGAGGGGGGCGGCGGGAGCCCCCAGGCACAGACUCGGAGAUACAGCUGCGGGGAGGCACGCAGGGAGGAGCGCCGCGAUCUUCGGUUUAAUAGAUCUAAAAGCCUGGGGCUCUACGCCCUGCGCUCCAAAACCAUUAACUCGGACGACGAGAGGAACGCAGAGGACGAUGCAGAGAGUGGACCUCAAGCUGAAGCUCAUGCUGAUCAAUCUGCGGAAAAGGUAGACGCCAGUGGACCCUCGGAGCAGCCAGCGGAAAGGAGAGAGCCAGCGCCGGGUGCCUCCGUGGAUGAGCAGGCGGAUGUCGUCACUGCUCCGCCAGCGAACCAGAAGGCCGAUGGCAGCCCGGCAUUGGCGGAAGAGAAGGACACAAAGCAUGUGGAUGAAUCGCACGAGGGAAGCAAUGGGUCUCUUCCUCACCACGCUGCACGAGGGGAUGAGGAGGAGGUGGUAAAUGCGACCGAUGGAAGGGACGCGAUGGUGGAGGUUGAGACCGUCGUUGAGAUCGAGCCGCAGGAUGGUCUCUAUCGAUACAUGAAGGACAACCUGAAGCACAUACGAGCCUAUUGUGCUGAUGUCACCAAGAAGAUCCCAGUUCCUGAGCGCUGUGUUGUUGAAGAGCUUGGACCCCGCUGCUUGUUCAAGCUGAGCUUCGGGUGUCCCAAGAAAUCUGAGUACUGCCUCUACUCCAAGUCUCACUUCUCCCUCCCAUCUCGGCAGCCACAAACCUGGCUCCACCUCAUGACACUCUUCUUACAGAGUCGGUCUUCGUCGCCGCUGUCUGUACGCGAUGCGGUGGUGCGCACGCUGGCCCAGCUGUGGGACAGGGCCCGCCAGAAGGGCGGACUCGACUUCGAGACGGCCGUUAUCCACUCACCGCUGCCCUCCGCAAAGGACGUUGAGUUCCUGAGGCAGCAAUUGGGAGAGGUGUGUUUUUUCGACGUCUUUGGAUUCGAUGACGAGGCCUGCAGAUGGGGUUGUUACAUGUGUAACCACCCAGACAAGGCCCUUGAUGUGAACCAAGAGGGAAGGCCGCUCAUGGAGGGGAAGCUCAAGGAGAAGCAGGUGCGGUGGAAGUUCAUCAAGCGCUGGAGAACGCGAUAUUUUACUCUCGCGGGUAACCAGUUGCUCUUCCGCAAGGGGAAAUCGAAGGACGAGGGCGAGGAGUGCCCUCUGGAGCUGAGCAAGGUGCAGAGCGUGCGAGUCGUGAGCCGCAAGCGCAAGGAGCGCGGCCUGCCUCGCGCCUUCGAGAUCUUCACCGAAAGCCGCUCGUACGUGCUCAAGGCGUGCGACGAGCGCGGCGCCGAGGAGUGGCUGCGGUGCCUCAACGUGGCGGUGGCACGCGCGCGCGAGCGCCAGAGCCAGGAGACCACCACCUACCUGUGACGAGGGGCGCCACCGGGCGCUGAUGACGGCGCGGGGGGUGGUGGCGUGCACGUGGCAGAGGUGCGUGGCCCGGGGGCUGCCACCUGUCGAGGUCGAAGAAGAAGAAGACAGCACGGGAGGAAGAAUACCACGCUUUGUUGGAAGAGGGGAAAUCAGGAGAGAUGGCAACCCUACCUGGGAUGUGUGGCAGGGCCAGAGUGAUAGGUGCACGGGUGGAGCAGGUGCCAGAGCCCGUGCACGGGAGGCAGUCUUCAGAUUGUGCCGUUAGGUGCCGCAGCUGUGCGGCGACCACCGGACCUUAAAGAUUGAUUGGAGGCCCUGUGCGUCCCCUGCAUUGGUCCUCCACGACGGCUAAGCAGCCCGUUUCCACAGCUGCCGAUGUGUCUCUGAGAGGGGACUCCCAAGUCUGUGUCAUGUACCAGAGCUCACGAAUGUGUGAGGCUCAGCCGGGUUAGGGGGAAGGCGCAGUUGUAUGGCCAAGGGCAUCGCAGAACUUGGGGUCACUUCAUUGUCAAGUUCACUCACGGAUCAGUUUUUAGGCCACAUUGAAGACAAUCACACGGUGUUGGCUUCAUCAAGAGACUUGCCUGUCUCAGGCAAAUGAUGCUUCGAGAUUGACUAUUGUGUCUUGUCCAUCAGGUUUGUGAAAAAAAUAUGGAAUUUAAGGAAUAAGUUUGGGAACAUAAAUCUAUCACAGAUUAAAAAAAAAUACAUACGUUAAGCUUAAUUAAUUUUCCGUUUAAUGUUUUUUUUGUUUUUACGUUUUUUUACAAUUAUGGAUCUGUUUUAUCCAUAUGCUUACCAGAGUCUGCUUCCUGUCCCACAAUGAUGUGACACAAACGCUCUGCAGUUUGUUUUAUUGGUCGUUAGGGAUUCGUGUGACUGUGAAACUUAAACAGCUGGGUUUUAAAUCCGGUUGCUGAGCACAGUUCAAUCGGGUAUAAUGGUGUACAUGAUUAGUUUAAAAUACAUGAUGUCUCAUUAUAUACCGUGCAAUUGCUUGUUAUGCCCACUGUGACAAAGAGCACUUUAUUCAAGGGAAGGAAUAAGUAUAAACCCCCUGUUUAAAUGAACAAGCGAGCUUUCUCCACUUACAUUAGCUAUGUUAAUUUGUAAUCCACUUAGAUGGCUGUACAUUACAAAAUAUACGUUGUAUGUUAUUUGCAUAUAUGUCAAUAACAAUCACUGACAAUGAUGAUCGUCAAAUGUGUUAUUCUUGAACAACACAUUGGCUUAUAGAAUCGUGGAUGUUAUCGCGUGUUUAUCACAGGAUACAGCUCAGUCGGUAGAGCAGCAGAGCUCUCUAUCACUAAAAUAUUCGUUAAAACCCAGGUCAGGUCAUCUCGGCCCAUCAUCAAUUUAGGGUUGAUGAAACGAGCAAUGCCUGGUGAGGCUGUGCGUCUUUGGUAGGAAGUCAACAGUGGAUGUAAUAUGCAGACAUUGGUCCACAACAUCGACACGUGGAAUUUCCAUUUUUGCCAUUGGCUAAAUGGUAACCAGUGGAGAAGAGAACAAUCCUUAACACAUUUUCUACUUUAAUAAAGUAUUUAUUACUUCCAUACAUAGUGUAUUAAAGGGAAAACCGAUAUUGUUCACGGACACUAUUGAACACAAUCUUUAUUGAAAGAUGUACAUAAAUACUGCAUUGCUGACAAAUAGGUGUUUCCCAUGUCUCUUAGUUCCUCCACUCAGAACUAUUGUUUAAGUGUGUAGUGGGACGUAUGUAUGUAGAACUUCUUUUGCACCGUACGUGGCCAACUGUGCUAAUCGGAGGUGCGGGACAAAAGGUACAUGCACGCACUGCGCACCGCAUGUCAAUUAUUAUUAUACAUUAUUUUAUUUUACGUGAAAUGAAGCUCAAAACACCACUUUCAAGGUCAACUGUGUUCUUAAAUACAUUUUAGAGCACAUAUAUACGUGAACUGUAAAUUACCUAUACUAAUAAAAUCUCUGUUUACUUGCACGUGUUGUCUCAACACUGAAAACUGACAAAGCACCACAAGUAUAGAAUGGUCCAAUAUUGGGGUGGAGGCAGUGGCACAGCAGCGAGCACGCCGCGCUGUGAUCCUCUCCAAUCUGAGUUUGAUGACUGGCCACAGCUCUGGAGUCAGUGGCGAGUGACAUCUCACGAACUGACACUGACCAGCACGGCGGAGUAUAAAACAACCACCCCCGUGACCGACAGCAAUGGGGAAGGACUUGAUCCAGAAAAUAAUUGACACAUAGGACUGGACAUGUACAAGCUAUAACACAGCAAUGUGAUUUUUUUACACUGUAUAUAUGUUUUAAACUGUGCGUGAAUGCUCACUAAACAUUUUAUCAAGCAUUCUGAAAUAUUUAUAUACAGGUAGAAGGAGUCGGCACUUUGAGCCACGGAUAUGCAAACCAAUUUGAGAGCAAAAUGAUGACUUUAAGAUGAUCACGCUUGCUUGCCACAACACUCGUACUGCCAAAUGAGCAUUUUCAGUGCGUUGCUGUCACAAACCCAUCACAGGGGCGUUAAGCCCAGCUCAAUCAUCCACGGAGAAGCAUGGCAAUGAUCGCUCCUCUCUGGGAUGAGUUAAGGAUUUCAUGCCAUUUCAUAUCUGCAGCAGGAUCUCGCAAGCUGUCCAACCGUGCCGAUAUCGUUAAGCAACCUCAGACAUUGAGCUCUGCCUUGUGUCUGUGUUCAUGAAUUUCAACCAAGGUGUGUACAAGGACAUUCAAAUGGGCACACUUUAUUACAAUGGUACGAUUUCUCAAGAGGGGAUAUAUGUUAUAUCGUUGAUGCUUUGGGCCAUUCAGACCAAAGUAUAUAUAGUACUACAAUUUCCCAUAACUAUUCAGACACAUAAUUACCCAACUAUCAAAUCGCCCUUGCAUCCCACAACAAGGCAUUCAUAAAUAUUAGUCUCGAGUCCACUAAUAAUUAUAAUUAGUACUCCUAUCUACAAGGCCAACGCGGUACAAGCAGCUCAUAGUUUUAUGAAAUGCACGAUAAUUCAGUUACUCGACAGACUGUGAAUAAUUCUCUCUUGGUUUGUUUUUACAGCUAAUGCAUGUGUUAAGAUAUAAAAUGGGUGGAAAAAACGUGUUACAACCUUUAAAAUAAAUGCUGUAUGCCAGAAUAGAAAGAGGGCUUGAUGUUACAGUUUUAUUUAUGAACGGACAUUUUUAAAACAGCAGCACAUGGACUGUUAACAUAUUGAUCUAAGUACUUAUUGUAAUGUUGGUUGGAAUGCAUUUUAUUAAUCUAACCAUUUAUGUAUAGGUAAUUAGUGUCACGAUAAAACGUCUUUGUACAAACAGUGAUAUGUAUAUAUUCUUGAGGGUUUCCUUCAUGGAUGAAGUUGAAAUGUGCGUAUAUAGAAAUUCGUGUCUUUAACUUUAUAAUGACUCGUGUAGCAAGCUGUUAACAUACAUUUGUUGUUCAUGAAUACACGCCUCAGAAAACGUACGUACUAUAAUCCACAAUUACUGUUCUGUAAAAACAUGAUAUGGCAUCGCACACUUGAAACUUGCUUUGGAUUAAUGGACACUUAUCGUAACGAAAUGUAUUUUUUUUAAAGUCCAUUAGUGUUAAAAGUAAUGGUUCCACUGUACUGUAUAUGUUAUAUAUAUAUUUUUUUAUAUCUAUGAGAACCUUAAUCAAGAUAUAUAGUGCUAUGUAUGGUGUGUAAUUAGACAUUGGAGGAGACUUAAGAGGCUCCUAUUCAAUAUAAAACUACAUUUACGGUCCUGGAAAUUGAAAAACAUUCGCUCGUUAUACGACUAUCACUUUCUUUACCACUUUGUUUUUACUAUGAUUAGGCUUACUGUGUUACUGUGAAACUGACUUAUUUAUGUGCGCAAAUAGAAAAAAAAACACCCCAUGGUUUUUACACCAGCUUAUGCAGUGACCUCUUUAAUUUAAAGAGUGAAAAGCCUGUUUGAUGUACAUUAUAUUUGGAAAUUCUACUAUAAAAAAAAUAAUUUCAAGGGUUAAAGGUAUAAUAUGGUUUAGAAAAAAAAAUGUAAUUGCAUUAGGCGUGGGUUGUGUGCCCAAUGCAAUCAAAUCGUCAAUUACGUUGUCAAGAGAGAUGGAGCGAUAAAGUUGGGCUCGCGUGCGCGAGAAACAAAGAUCGUCAUUCUAAUGCCGUGAGGGAUGGCAACAGUGUGGCCUUCGUCUAGCAGUUGGAUGUACCAUGGCUGGUAAUGAUGAUGUCGAUGUCCUAGUAAGACGUUUUGAAGGACAAACGCCCUCCGAUAGUUCCAAGUGGAUGGAGUGGUGGCGCGUUGGUUAGCGCACAGCUGUGCAAAGCCGCUGAGCGCUGAGUUUGAACAUCAGUUGUGAGCGAUAUUGGGAAUGAUGUUUUUUUUUUACGUGAUGUAACAGUGGCAUGCACCGAGACUUUGUUCGUAGCUUUUGCCAGCGCUAUUUUCUCGCCAAUGUGUGAUCAACUGCGUAUUUGUAAAAAGAAGUAUAUAUACCAUUGUCUCGCUUUAAACAUCUGCACCUAGUAUUCGUAAAAAAAAUAAGACUCACACCUCUACGUGGCAUUUAACGAAGUCGAACAUUCAAAAAUUCGUCGGUUUUCAAGACGUUUGAAGCGUGGAAAAAUACAAAAUCUGUACGGAAAAUUAAGAACUACCCACGGGGUGUGUGAGCGGUGACGCCCAUGCAAAAUAAAACAAGGCUUGAAAAAU